AUGAUUCAAGAACGAUUUACUCUGAAACCAAAAAUCUCCUCAGUGAAUGAAGCAAAUUUUGCUGCACUAAAUCAGGUUUUGCAAUAUCGGACAUCAAAGUUGCUUCGUCGUUGUUUCCUUGUUAUCGAAGAUAUUGUUGUAAAGAACGGCAAGCUCAUUCUUACCAUUCCUGAAGAGUUUGAAGUGCAUCUGACAGUACUCGGUGAAAGAAAGUCAAUUCAGUGGACGCUUUUGAAUAUAAAUAUGUUUGUCAAGAGAUCGUUAUGGAGCCAAACUCGUGCAUUUUUUGCAGCUGUAUAUGCUACACAAGUGCUGCAGUCUAGAACGGACAUUGCGAAGAAUAUUGCUUUGAGAGUGAAGACGCUGUAUCAAAGAUGCGGCAUUAUCCGACUGCACCGGAUCUUGGACAAUAAGACGAUAGAACAGGGCGCCUUUCGAAUGAUCGUCUUUUGUCGGAAACAAUAG